CUUGCCUCCGUAGUUUGUAGACCUGUGCAGCGAGCGCUAGGAAACGAAUACCUUUUGGCGCGCUCACUCGUGACGAAAGAAAUGAAGGUUCUGAGCCACAGAGCUCUUGAGGGGCUACGAACCUAUGUGUAUAAACCAGGCGGCUAUACAUGGCUGGACCAUGCGCACACACCUUUUUGGAACUGGCUGACGGCGCAGCUGCCCAUGUGGUUGGCGCCGAACCUCAUCACCCUCAGCGGGCUAAUUGUAACGUUCAUCGCGUACAUCCUCAUGUGGUAUGAACUACCAGAGUUUGCGGGGGUGGCACCGAGGUGGACAUACAUCUUCGCGGGCGUAUCCAUCGUUGUGUACACGAACUUGGACUGCAUAGACGGCAAGCAGGCUCGUCGCACAAACUCUAGCUCUCCAUUGGGGCAGCUCUUCGACCACGGCUGCGAUGCCAUCGCGCUCCACGUCAUGCUGACGCUUAUCCAGGCGGCCAUCAGCGAGCCCAGCUCGCUAAUGACCAGCGCUGCCGGCGCCGCGGUGUACCUGCCUUGGCUGAUGAGCCACUACGAGGAGUACCACACGGGGAUCCUCAUGUACGGCGACGGGCGGUUUGGCAUCCUGGAAGCAAACUACAUGUUGGCAGCUGUCGACUUCGUGUCGGGUAUUGCUGGGCCGCGUAUCUGGGACCUCCCCCUCACGAGCGUUGUGCCUUCCUGGCCCUUCCCUAGCAUGGUCGUGAAGCAUCUGGUGAUCAUCUUCUCAGUGACCAUGGCGCUCAUCCAGUUCUACGGGCAAAUGUACCGGGUGUUUUCGAAGGGGUGGGACGCGCUACCGGCAGCGGAGCGGGGUCACAAGGAGUUGGGCACGGCUGCGCGUCUCAAGCACCUGGCCAGCGUGGUGCUGCUGAUGGUGCUGGGAUUCGUGUACCUGGCGGACGACAAGCUCAAGCCGGGGCAGGCCAGGUUGGCAACGCUUUUGUACGGCCUGGUGUACGCGACAACCGCCACGCAGCUCAUCAUGAACCACAUGUGCAAGGAGCCCUUCCGGCCGCCGCUGCUGCCGCUGGGGCUGCUGUCGCUGGCAACGGUGAACAGUGUGGUCGAGGUGGUGGACACGCGUGCGGUGGCUGUUGGCUGCGUCGGCCUUAUGCUGGUGUACUAUUCGUGGUACGUGACGACGAUUGUGAACCAGGUGUGCGCUUGCUUGGGGAUCAGGUGCUUCACGAUUACCCACAAGCGCGCUUAGAGGGCUUAGGAGUCUGCUGUAUGCUGCUCUUGGGCGCAGAGGGCCGUGGCUACGCUGCCUGAAAGGGGAAUUGGGGAGCACGCAGGCGUUCAGAGGCGAGAGGGCUGGGAAAUGCUGCCUAGGCGCAGCUUUGGGGCUUGGUAGUUAUGUAUGGCGUUGGCCGUGGUUGAGCCGCUGGUUGGGGUUGGGUUUAAAGGACGACAGCCGUUGACAGGCGAUGAACCAGUUGUUAUAUUAAGUAGCCGUAGCUGUUGGGAAAAGCUGGAGUGAGACAGGGUGAGAGCAGAAACCUGCAUCUGGCGUUUUGAGAAGCCGAUGUUUUUACGCUAGGUGCUGCUUUCUAGCUGCGCGAAUGGCGGACUGCAACGUUAUAUUAUCAUGUGUUGGGACCAGACGUGUUGUUUGGAAUCUCCAAAACCAAAUCUCUUGACGUCCUCCAGGAGGGUAGGCGUACUGGGGGAUGAACGACACCAUGUUGCUGAGGGAGUAUAUGUGUUGCUUGCCAGGUUUUGUGGGUUGCUCCUCUGCGGCGUUUACCAAAGCCAGGCUGCGUAUUGUGGCAUCCACGGGCGGAGGGCUGCAAUGUCUCUUUGGAAGGAGUUUAUGGCUCCUCCGUAUGUCCUCUGGGAAUGGCUGGCAUGGUACUUCAGUUCCAAAAUUUUGUCGUCUCGGUCGACACCUUGGGCAGUGUCGUUACUACCAGAGCGAGCGCGAAUCCCACCCAUGGUAGGAGUAUGGAAACGGAAUUGUUUUAGAAAUUCGGAUAAACCGUCGGACCCCGGACCGGUGUGUGUUUUGGCUGUGUAGAAUCCCGAGCAUGAGUCGGUACGGCCUGUCUUGCUGCAAUGCAAAUACGUGUGUUUUGUGGACAUGGCCUCCUGGCGGCCACAUGCGGCUGGAAUACUUGAGGGCAAGGGAUGGUGUUUGGGGGGC